AUGCCACACACUACGUACACCCACGCCACACACCACCUGCCACCCACCAUCUCUAUCUUCCACCCACGCCACUCGCCUUCCCCGCCACCUACCACCCACCACCCACGCUACACAUCACCUGCCACCCACACAACACCUACGCCACACACCACCUACCACCCUCGCCACCUACCACCCACGACACCUACCACCCACGACACCUACCACCCUCGCCACCUACCACCCUCGCCACCUACCACCCUCGCCACCUACCACCCACGACACCUACCACCCUCGCCACCUACCACCCUCGCCACCUACCACCCACGACCCCUACCACCCACGACACCUACCACCCACGACACCUACCACCCACGACACCUACCACCCACGACACCUACCACCCACGACACCUACCACCCACAACACCUACCAACGCCAUACCACCCACCACCCACGCUACACAUCACCUGCCACCCACACAACACCUACGCCACACACCACCUACCACCCUCGCCACCUACCACCCACGACACCUACCACCCACGACACUUACCACCCUCGCCACCUACCACCCUCGCCACCUACCACCCUCGCCACCUACCACCCACGACACCUACCACCCUCGCCACCUACCACCCUCGCCAACUACCACCCACGACACCUACCACCCUCGCCACCUACCACCCACGACCCCUACCACCCACGACACCUACCACCCACGACACCUACCACCCACGACACCUACCACCCACAACACCUACCAACGCCAUACCACCCACCACCCAAGCGACCAACUUGCAUUGA